CAGUCAGCUGCACAAAAUCCAAUAAAACACACACUUACACAGUCACUCUCUCUCUCUCUCUCUCUCUCUCUCUCUGCAUUUUGGAGACGGGAAAAAUGGCUGACUUCAUGGAAACAGAAGAAGAAUUGGUUGAGUUCACAUUAGCUGAGGCUAUGAAAAUGACCACCUUGUUUAAGCGAGUGAAAGAAAAACCAAUUAGUCAAGAGUUCUGUCAAAAACUUGCAACAAAGUUUAGUUGUUCACCUUAUCGUACUGGAAAAUCUUUCAUAAAAUGGGAACAGGUGCAAACUUGGUUUAUGGAUAAGCAAAAAACACAAGCAGCUAAAGCGAUUGUUGUUAAGAAAGAAUCUGAUGUUCCUCGACCUCGACCAGCAAAAAAACCAAAAUCUAAAAAGAAAUUUUCAGCUCUAAUGCUUUCCAGAAAAUACAAUACUUGCGGGUACACAAGACUCCCCGAAUGUGCAUAUGACCGGCCUCAGAAGCCCAAAGUUUCUGCAGCAGAGAUGGCCACAGAGCUCGCAGAGUUGUCUUUUGAAGCUCUUUCAGCUAAGGAUUUAGCUUGGUAUGAUGUGGCCUCAUUUCUCAACUUCAGAGUUCUUCGCACAGGCGAGCUUGAAGUUCGUGUAAGAUUUGCUGGCUUUGGUCAUGAAGAAGAUGAAUGGGUGAAUGUUAAAAGGAGAGUACGUGAACGAUCCGUUCCCUUGAAGCCCUCAGAAUGUGACAGGGUGAAUGUUGGAGAUCCCUUGAUGUGCUUCAGGGAAGAUGAAUAUCUCGCAGUAUAUGGUGAUGCGCAAGUUGUGGAGAUCCAAAAGAAAUUACACGAUAAUACAGAAUGCACGUGCAUCUUUGUCGUUCGCUACGACUUGGAUAAUGCAGAGGAGAAAGUUACACUUGACAAGUUAUGUUGCAGACCAAACCGAAGCAACAGUAUACUGCCUGAAGGUCAUGCUAAAUUAUGUGUCUUGAACAGUAUUGACCAAGAAAAUACUCACUCAGGGGCGGAGCUAGAGCUUUGAAAAUUCAUUGAAUAUGUACAAAUUAUUAAUUUAGAACCCAGUAACUUAGAAUGAAUAGAAUUCCGAAACCAUUAGUUUUAAAUUCUGGCUCCGCCUCUAUACUCACUAGGCCAAAGCCUCCGCAACGUUGUUCGGUUGGAAUAUUGGAUGUUGGGCCAAUCUAAAUAUGUACUCUCUAUGUUUAAUCAUUUUAUGUGAAGAUGUUUGGUCGGACA